AUGCUGGACCCUGAAGAUGCCUUCGCAGAGGAGGCGCAAGAGGAGGUUAGACUGGUCGAGGAAAGCCACAGCCAUCCCACCACACAUGCGAGGUUCCGUAUCAGCGAUGGCCAGGAUGACGAGGAUGACGAGAUGAGCCCUUUGAUGAGCCCAAACCAGCGUCGGAAGACGCCCGUCGCACAUGAAAGAGCUCGCGCAAGUUUUGAGAGGGCCAUCAAUGAACCUUGGAAUGGUGCUCAUGGCUCCGGCGACCUCCCCUGGUACAAGACGCCAUCAAUAUUCUGGCUUCUUCCCGCCUUCUUCCCCUUCUGCAUCGCCUUUGGCGGCAUCAUUGUUCCCAAAACAUACCUCAUUCUCGACCUAAUCUGCAAGGACUAUCUUUCGGAGCAAGCGUCCAAGAAUCCAAACUUCAAGUUUCUCCCUGUGGUCCUCGGAGAAGAAAACCCCCAGUGCAGAGAUCCCAAUGUGCAAUCCCGGGUGGCCAACUUCAAUCUCUACAUCAAUCUGCUCAGCGGGAUCUUUUCCGCCGUAAUAUCUCCCCAUCUGGGGUCGCUGUCAGACCGAAUCGGCCGAAAGAAGGUCAUGGUCACUGCCUCCCUCGGCGCGCUCGCCGCCGAAAUCAUCACCAUCAUUGUCGGCCAGACCAACGGUCAGGUUUCGGUUUACUGGCUUCUUCUUGGAGGCUUGAUCGACGGCCUGUGUGGUUCGUUCACCACGGCUCUGGCUUUGGCCUUUGCGUAUGCGUCCGACUGCUCAUCCCCCGAACGCCGAGCUGUCGCUUUUGGUUAUUUCCACGGAACACUUUUCGCCGGGAUUGCGUUGGGUCCCAUCGUGUCGGGCUACUUGAUCAAAGUGACGGGGACAGUCAUGAUUGCGUUCUACCUGGCCCUUGCGUGUAACGCUUUCUUCAUUGUUUUCACCCUAAUUGCGGUGCCCGAGUCGCUGUCCAAGGAGCGACAAUUGCUAGCGAAGGAGAAAAGAGAGUUUGCUCGGGCUGAGCUACCCGACAAGAACUGGCUCACGGUCAUCAAGAACUACAACCUCUUCGAACCACUCUGGGUUCUGCGUCCGAAAGGCGAAGGCUCCAGCUCGGCCCUGCGGAAAAACCUGUUCGUGCUCGCGGCGAUCGAUACAAUGAUGUUCGGCGUGGCAAUGGGCACCGUGCAAAUCAUGAUUAUCUAUGCGGAAUACCGCUUCGGCUGGACAGCAGUCAACUCGAGCAUGUAUCUCUCGGCCGUUAACAUCUGUCGCGUGGCCGGGUUGGUCCUCAUUCUACCCUUACUCACCAGAUGCUUCCGGGGACCUGCACAGAUGCAAUCCAAAGGGCACAAAGGUUCGGAUAUGCUCGAUAUCUGGAUCAUCCGAGGUGCCAUCAUCUUCGACCUUGUCGGGUAUAUUGGAUAUGCUUUCACUCCGUCUGGUGCGAUCAUGGUCCUUUCUGGCAUGAUUGCAUCUCUCGGAGGGAUCGGCUCGCCUACGCUCCAAUCUUCUCUCACGAAACAUAUUCCGGCCGACCGAACGGGUCAAGUGCUGGGGGCAUCGGGUCUUCUGCACGCUCUGGCACGCGUGGUGGCGCCGACAGUCUUUAAUCUGAUUUACAGUCAAACGGUAGGAAUCUACGCCGGGAUUGUCUUCAUUUGCCUUGCCUCGAUUUUUGUCGUGGUUUUUGUUCUCAGUUGGUUCUUGAGACCAAACGUCUAUCUUGUGGAACCAUCUGCCGUGCAUCUUGACGAAACAGAAGGCGACGACGGCCAUCUAGAAUGA